AAACAAGGUGUAUUCAGGGUUUAUAAAAGAAGAACCCCGAAACUUCCAACUCUCAAUACACGAACAACACCGGCCGCUUUCCAUGAUGCACUUCUUAAACUGAAUGAUGCACAAAUGUCCGCUGUAAGAGAUAUUGGAUUUGGGAGUAUUUUGGACUUGAAAGUCAAAGAUUUGCCAGGGGGGUUGGGAUACUGGAUUCUGAAAAAGUUCAAUCCUCAGACUUUUGAAAUUGAAGUUGAUGCAAUGAGGAGAUUUAAGGUCACGAAAAGUGAUGUUUAUCGAGUGUUUGGAUUCCCUAGGGGUAAGCAAUUCAUUGAAGUAUUCCAGCGGCAAUCAACUAGUGACAUAUUUGAGCAAUGGUUUUUAUUUUUUGGGGUUGACAACAGAGACAAAAUUAAGAUUGGGGUAGUAUUGAAACAUAUGCUUGCGUGUAAAAGCGGUGGCACUUGGUUUAAGCGACAUUUCAUGAUAGCGAUGGGAUUUUCAUUGUUUGAGAACUGUCCCAAUGGUACUGUGCAUCCUUUCAUAUUAGGGUGUCUUAAAGAUUUGACUGGGCUUAGAAGAUGGAAUUGGGCGGAAUACAUGUUAUCAAGCUUGAAACAACAUACAUGCAGUUGGAUGAAGGGUGAAAGCAGUGUAUAUGCUGGUCCUGCGUUGUUUCUUAUUUUGGUUUAUGUUGACCGGUUAAGCCUUCCUGGGAUCGAAACAAUGAGGGAUUUACCACUUAUAAAGAAUUGGUCAAGUGAUGCUCUGAGGGAGAGGCAAAGGAUGGAAAGGAAGAAAGAAUACAUUGGAAAAGGCAUCAUACAGUCACCAAUACAGGUGCCUAGCGUUUAUGGAGAUGAUAUUGAUGAGAAUGCAAUAACAAAUGAGGAGAAGGCCUGGACCAACAUGCUGAUGAAAGGUGCACAUGAAAUCGCUGAACGGAUGAAUCAGUUGUCCAUUGUUGUGGACAGCGCACCAGUUCAUAUUAAGAAAUCACCGUUCUUCGAAAUGAAAGUGAAAGAGGCUUCCCAACUAACAGGAAUGAAGAUUGACAUUGUUAUACCAAUCACUAAACCCGUUUUACCAGUUAUUGAGAUUGACGACGAUCCUAUAGAGUAUACUGCUGAAUUCUUUGCAUGGGUGGAUGAAACAUCCGCGAAAGCCUGCGCUGAAAAGAAGAAAGUCAAUAUUCGAGAUGCUGACAUUCCUAUCUUUGAUCUAAGGUUGUCGGAUGAUGAUUCGUUGGAUGUUAGUCAGAAUAAAGAUGCUAAUGUGCAGCAGGGCGAUCAGUCCCCUGUCAUGGGGCUAGUGUGUGCCAACCAGAUCUCCAAAGACCAUUGUCAGGAGAUAUCCACAGCUUUUGAACGUGUAGCAUUGAGGAAUGUAGAUGUCAAUACUAUGGGCCAUGGUCCUCAACCACCCAAACCAACAAAGAAGCGUCUGCACUUGGGUUCAUCGAGUUUUCAUUCACCCAAUACUCAGCGUGGCAUAUGCACGAGGUUACAGCUGUGGAGUCAGGAAAAGCAGAUCGGAAUAUUUGCACUACACAAGGAUCCAGGAGAAGAGAAUCAAAUCCUUUUCCAAUAUAAAGACAUUCAUCUGACAAGGCACGAUAUGAUGUCAUUGAGGAGAGGUGUGCCAGUGAGCCCGUCCGUGAUUACUGCAUGGGGAAUAAUAUUAAACAGACAUGAUUAUACCCGUUCCGAAAAGAUACCAGCGUGUUUCUACGCAUCUCCUGAGAUAUAUAUUGAUUGCAUUGCACCCGUCGAUCAAUCUUAUGAAGAGAAAAAACAGUCUUUUUUUCUAUCGAUGACACAUGAGUUGAGGGAAUACCAAAGCAAACCAAUCAGCAUUAUUGACCUGUUUUUCUUCCCCGUAUAUGAAAAUGAUAUGCAUUAUGUCAUGUGCUUUGAUACGCGCAAGCAACGAUUGUUUGUUCUGGAUAGUACAGUGGAUCCCAAUAAUCCUGAUUCUGCGGACAUAUACAAUGAAAGCAGCCAUGUCCUUCGAUCGCUGUUUUCAGAAUAUCUACGGUUAAUUACUGAGGAAGAAAAGGCAGCUGUUGUAUCCAACUCUGUUCUGGAAAUUGUGCGAAUGAAGUGGGCAGAUGCGAGAAAUGAAGUGGACACAGGGGUUUAUCUUAUGAGACAUCUUGAAACAUUCAUGGGAGACAACUCUCUUAACUGGGAUUGCAAUCUUUCUAACACUUCACUGAUGACCCUUAGUGUUACACUUCCGACAAAGCCGCAAAGGUUUUUGUGCAAGAAGCAUUGCCUUCUCUUUGUCAGAUUUCCGUCGACCACCACACCCGCUUCCCUUGGUUCUAACUAUAUCGGGUGGCAGAACGGAUGGGGAAUCUGUUGGCGCAGACCCAUAGAAUUCAAGGAACCUACUCUCCUUCGAGCUUUUUGAGUUAUCAGAGCGUGCAAGCUUAGAAAAUUUUUCCCUGACUUCAACAAGAGCAGAAUACAGUUGCUCGCUGAGCUCUUCAUCUCCCUUGACAAAACCGAUGCUCUCACCAACGAUCUUGAAAAAACGAAAAUCACUGUUUG